AUGGGGGCGGUGUUCCAUCCACAUCAGCAGUUUACUCAGUCAAACGAUACAAUACUACCAAGCUUUGAACGUAGCAACCCGCAACCGUUGCAGCCCCAACCGACCAACUCUUCGAAAUACUAUAGCCCAAACGCCCCAUCUUCAUCUCCCAGGGGUCAAAAGAGAUCCAUCGGGCUCGCAUCUAAACCACAGAUAGACAGACCGAACUCGUUCUCACUAAACCUGGCUCCCAGUACAUCCGGUUCCACUGGGCAGAGCAGUCCUGCAUACUGGCCUGGUGUCCCAUCUCUUCCCUUCAACGCUGGUCGUAAUAUCCCCCCAUCAACAGCUGCAGACGGCUUGCCACAGUACAGCCCGAUAUCCCCAUACCCGCCUUCCUCAGGGACCUCGCAAACGCCAAUUUCACAAUUACAACAGCAUUCGCAGUCACAAGACUCUCAGCAGCAUCCUUCCAACCAAGUCGAUCAACACCAGUCACAACAACACUCGUCCCAAACAAUGGCACAAACGUUAAUGGAUUCUCAGGCAAAUCCUGGCCAUAUAUCAUCUCAGGCUUCCCAGCAGCAAUCGCCGCUGGAUCCAUAUGGACAUCGUUUCCGUUACCCAGGCCCACAACAAUCGCCUCUUCCACAACACCCUUCCAGUUUCCAACCUUAUCCAGGUGCCUCAAUGUCCAUGAGCCAGACUUCCGUCAGCGACAGCUCCCAGAGACUUGGCGUGCCGGUACAAGUUCCAGUCGAAGGCCAGCAACCCCUCCCCCAAUACACUCGGCCAUAUCCUUCAUACAACCUUCCAGCCAUGAAUGGCCCCGUGAUGAGUAAUGUCCAUCACCCAUCUAGCCAGAUGGCUCUGAUAGGCUCUAUGCAGCCUAACAUCCUUCCUACAUUCAACAGUGGACAUGCUGCUAGCUUACAACAAAUGUAUACGCAUCAGCAUCCACAAGCUCACCAUAUGCAUGGACUUGGACCCCCAGGCCCUCAAAAUGAUAGACCAUUCAGAUGUGACACUUGCCAGCAGAGUUUUAACCGAAAUCAUGACCUAAAACGACAUAAGCGCAUUCACCUGGCUGUUAAGCCUUUCCCCUGCAACCAUUGUGACAAAAGCUUUUCGAGAAAGGAUGCUCUUAAGGUAUGCUUUACUAUAUCCUUGCAAUUUUUCUUCCUUCUUGAGUUAUAA